UCAAUUCUGGAAGAGAUGGAAUUCUUAGUACUAUUGCUUUCUUUGUUCCUGAGUUUAGUUUCAUGUGCAAGUUCUGAUCCAACCACUGAAACUCUCAGGCUGUGCAUGACAACUCAACUCGGUGACUACACCGAAACGUCUCAAAUCAUCCACACCUCAAACUCAUCUUCGUAUUCAUCUAUCUUGAAAUCCUCAGAACAAAAUCCUAGAUGGCUAAACUCCACAUCAAAGCCUCUCCUCAUUCUCACACCUUUCAACGAGUCCGAAAUCCAAUCAGCUGUGCUUUGCAGCAGAAAACGUGGCCUACAAAUCAGGGUCAGAAGUGGAGGCCAUGACUAUGAAGGGCUCUCAUAUCUCUGCAAGACGCCAUUCAUCAUCAUUGACAUGAUCAACUUCAAGUCAAUUGAUGUCAACCUUGUAGAUGAAACAGCUUGGGUUCAGUCAGGAGCUACGCUAGGUGAGCUUUACUAUAGCAUUGCGAAGAAAAGUGACGUCCAUGGAUUCCCAGCUGGGAUUUGUCCAACUGUUGGAAUUGGUGGUCAUUUUAGUGGUGGUGGAUUUGGGACCUUGAUUAGGAAACAUGGCCUAGCAGCUGACCAUGUCAUAGAUGCUAUUUUAAUUGAUGCUAAUGGGAAAAUCAUGAACAGAAAAACAAUGGGGGAGGAUCUGUUUUGGGCCAUUAGAGGAGGUGGAGGAGCAAGUUUUGGGAUCAUAGUUUCAUGGAAGAUCAAAUUGGUUCAGGUCCCAAAAGUUGUGACUGGUUUUACAGUUAACAAGUUAAUAUCACAAGGUGGAAGUAGCCUUGUGAAUAGGUGGCAGUACAUUGCAGACAAGUUCCAUGAGGAUCUUUUCAUGAGAGUCAUCCUUCAGAAUGUUGGGAGUGGGAGUCAGAAACAAGUCCAAGCCGCUUUCAAUUCUUUGUUUCUAGGAGGGAUUGAGACACUAAUGCCAUUGAUGAAACAGAGCUUUCCAGAGUUGGGUUUGGCGGCAAAAGACUGCAUUGAAAUGAGUUGGGUCCAAUCUGCUCAGUACUUUGCUGGGUACAAAAAAGAGCAGCCUUUGGAGGUCUUGUUGUCUAGGGAGGCACUCUAUAAGAGCAAUUUCAAGGCCAAAUCCGACUUUGUAAUAAACCCUAUUCCAGAAAUCGGGCUACGAGGGAUUUGGGAAAGGUUCAUGCUAGAAGAACUAGCUUUUAUGAUACUGGAUCCCUAUGGUGGAAAGAUGGCUGAGAUUUCGGAAUUCGAAAUUCCAUUUCCUCAUAGGAAGGGGAAUCUGUACAACAUACAGUACAUUGUGAAGUGGGAUGUGAAUGAGGUCAGUGAAGCCAACAAGCAUAUGAAUUGGAUGAAUAUGCUUUAUGGGUUUAUGAAGCCCUAUGUUUCAAAUUCUCCAAGGGGUGCCUACAUCAAUUACAAGGAUCUUCAGUUGGGGACCAACAACAAAGGCACUAACACAAGCUACAUAGAAGCGAGUAGUUGGGGGAGAAAGUACUUCAAAAACAAUUUCAAGAGGCUUGCACAAGUGAAGAGCAAGGUUGAUCCACAUAACUUCUUCAGAAAUGAGCAGAGUAUUCCUCCUCUUCCUGGUUUGUUUGGCAUUAAAGAAGUUUAAUUAAUCAGGCCAAGAGUUCCUUCUGCGUUUGAUUAGGCCAAGAACUUGGCUUUCUUUCAAGAUAAUGUAGCUUUCAGCUUAUGAUGUAUUAGUGUAACAACUGUACCAUAUAUAUACUAGAUAAUCCCUAUAAAUGUCUACAUUUUGCAUGCAAUUCCAAAUCAAUUUCUGUUCAUGGGACCCUGACUGAACUAAUGCAGGAGAAACAUGACUAGACGAACUGCAAAAUGUGACUACUAUUUAGAAACUAGUUAGAGAUCCCGCGCUUUGCUGCGGGUAUAUCACUUCGUUCAAGUUAUAUAACAAUUAUCAAUUGCUUUCUAACUGAACUAACAACUAAUAGUAAUCAAAUGAAGUUCUCUAGUUCAUAGAGGGAGGGAGCCCAAGUACUUUUACAGUCUUCUCCAUGUUGUAACCAUUUAACACAUUCCUC